ACUCACAAGCAGGGAUGUGAACAUUAGAAAUGUAACCCACCACCCCAGACAGCCUCAGACCUCAGAGGGAGCUGCUGGAGAGGAGACAUUCCACUGCAAGGCUCAGCACUGACACAAACUGGCAGCAGGAGCCCCAAACCCAAACUGAUGGCUUGCAGAGGUUCUCAGGGUCAAUCCGAAGGCUAAGCCUCCUUGCAAGUCCCAGCAUCCUGUCGGGGCCAGAGGAAUGUCACAAUGCAGAGUCCCUCGCUGAUCCUGUCUGGGUCUGCCUAUGGAACCACACCCGUGUUUACAAAGGGUCUACAAAACAUAAGGGCCAGCAAGGGGCAGCUGGUGGUGUUUGAGUGCCGUGUCCACUCCACUCCCCCCCUGCAGGUUCACUGGUACAGGGAGUACGACCAGAUCCUGGACUCUGCUGAUUUCCGAACCCUGAGGAAAAAGGCUUGUUCAUCAGCAGUUCCUGAGGAAGUCUGCACCCUGGUUAUUACAGAAGCUUUCCCAGAAGACUCUGGAAUAUUUAAAUGUGUAGCUGAAAAUGAAUUUGGGUCUGCAGCAUCCAGUGCACAUCUCUCUGUUUCCCCAGGAGCCAAGGAGCUGGACAGCUUUGGCGGUGCUGCCCCCAGGCCAGCUGUGCAGGUCACCAUGAAGAGGCCCAGCUUCCCCAGGAGCAGCCAGGCAGGGGCCAAGGAGCGUGGGGCAGCUGCUGUGCCCUCCUACAGCCCCGAGAGCCCCGGGCUGGGCCCUGCAGCCUCCAGCCUGGGCCAGAAGAGCUCCAAGAGCCAGGCUGAGGAGCUCCACGGGGCUUACGAGAACUCACCUCGGGCUUCGCCUCUGAGGUAA